CCUCUUCCAACCAAACAACACACACACUCUCUCUCUCUCUAGAUACAUUCACCCAUUUCGGAUAGCCGGAAAUGGGAGGAGAGAACCAGUCGGACCAGGGUUCCGAGUCAGAAAGCAUAGGAAGCGGACGAGUUGGGUUCAGUGGACCUCUAAGUGGUCCAUUAAGUAGCAGCAGUAGUUAUAACAAGAGAAGUAGUGGAAGCAAGCGAAGCACAAAGCUGAUGAGAGAAGAAGAGUCCUACGUUGAGAUAACAUUAGACGUCCGAGAUGACUCGGUCUCCAUACACGACAUCAAAGGAGGAGGUGGCGACCCAGAAGCCGCUCUCCUGGCUCGCCGACUCGAGAGACGAGCUUCUUCUCUGGGCUCUCAAUUGUCUUUCCGGUUCAGGCAAGUUUCUCAAGAACUCAAGCGCAUGGCUUCUUUAAAGACGUUCAAUAAGGUCGACCGCAGCAAGUCUGGAGCCACCCGAGCCCUUCGAGGGCUCAAGUUUAUGACUAAGAAUGCUGGGACCGAAGCUUGGAACGAGGUGGAAUCGCGGUUCGACGAAUUAGGCAUUGAAGGAAAGCUUCCCAGAUCGCGAUUUGGUCGAUGCAUUGGAUUGAGUACAAACGAGUCGGACGAGUUUGUGAAUGAGUUGUUCGACGCGUUGGCCAGAAAGAGAGGGAUAGACUCUUUGUCGGUGACGAAGGCUGAGCUUCGCGAGUUCUGGGAGCAAAUUACUGAUCAAAGCUUCGAUGCCCGGCUCCAAACCUUCUUUGACAUGGUGGACAAGAACGCAGAUGGGCGUAUCACUGAAGAAGAAGUCAAAGAGAUCAUUAAGCUGAGUGCUUCUGCUAACAAAUUGUCAAAGAUCCAUGAAAGAGCAGAUGAAUACACAGCUCUCAUCAUGGAAGAGUUGGAUCCAGACAACCUUGGAUAUAUUGAGCUCUACAACCUGGAGAUGCUUCUAUUACAAGGGCCAAGCCAAUCUACAAACCUAGCCACCAACAGUCGCAACCUGAGCCAACUCUUGAGCCAGAAACUGGUUCCAACCAAAGAACCAAACCCGGUCAAGAGAUGCUCCAGAGGGGUUGGCUACUUCCUAGAGGAUAACUGGAAGAGGGUUUGGGUGAUUGCCCUCUGGCUUUCCAUAUGUGUGGCUCUCUUUACCUGGAAAUUUAUUCAGUAUAGGCAUAGAGCUGUGUUUCAUGUCAUGGGCUAUUGUGUUACCACAGCUAAGGGUGCAGCUGAGACUCUUAAGUUCAACAUGGCUGUCAUUCUUCUUCCUGUCUGUAGAAACACCAUUACUUGGUUGAGGAGUAGGACCAAGCUUGGAGUCGUUCUCCCCUUCGAUGACAACAUCAAUUUUCACAAGGUAAUCGCUGUUGGGAUUGCAAUAGGAGUAGGGCUCCACGCAGGUGCACAUUUGACCUGUGAUUUCCCAAGGCUUCUACAUGCAACAGAUGAGGAGUAUGAACCAAUGAAGCCUUUCUUUGGUGAAGAACGUCCACCAAACUAUUGGUGGUUUGUUAAAGGCACAGAGGGUUGGACCGGAGUGGUUAUGGUUGUAUUAAUGGUCAUUUCAUACACAUUGGCCCAACCAUGGUUUCGUAGAAACCGGCUCAACCUCCCCAAACCAAUUAAAAAGCUCACAGGCUUUAAUGCCUUCUGGUAUUCUCAUCACUUAUUUGUGAUUGUCUACAUCCUCUUCAUCAUCCAUGGCUACUUUCUCUACCUCAGCAAGAAAUGGUACAAAAAAACGACAUGGAUGUAUCUUGUUGUGCCAAUGGUUCUAUAUGCGUGCGAGCGAUUGAUUCGUGCUUUAAGGUCUGGGUAUAAGACUGUGAACAUUUUGAAGGUUGCGGUAUACCCCGGAAAUGUAUUGGCUCUCAAAAUGACCAAACCCAAUGGAUUUAAAUAUAGCAGUGGGCAGUAUAUCUUCCUCAAUUGUUCUGCUGUUUCUUCUGUUCAAUGGCAUCCUUUUUCAAUAACAUCAGCUCCUGGAGAUGAUUACUUGAGCAUCCAUAUUCGCAUCUUGGGUGACUGGACAUCAAAGCUCAGAUCUGUCUUCUCUAAGGUAUGCCAACCUCCAACUGGGGAUCAAAGUGGCCUCCUAAGAGCUGAUAUCAAGCAAGGGGAGAGGAACCAAAGGUUGCCAAGGCUGCUUAUCGAUGGCCCAUAUGGAGCUCCUGCACAAGAUUAUAAGGAAUAUGAAGUCCUCCUCCUAGUUGGGCUUGGGAUUGGAGCAACACCAUUGAUCAGUAUAGUUAAGGAUGUCUUGAACAACAUAAAGCAACAGAAGGAGAUGACAGAGAAAGGAAGUGUAGAGAGUGGAGGAGAAGUUAAGGCAAACCAGGAGAGAUCUUUUAGGACUAGCAGAGCCUACUUCUAUUGGGUGACAAGAGAACAAGGCUCAUUUGAGUGGUUUAGAGGAGUAAUGAAUGAAGUAGCUGAGUAUGACAGAGAUGGGGUUAUUGAGCUUCAUAACUACUGCACCAGUGUGUAUGAGGAAGGUGAUGCUCGGUCUGCACUCAUAGCAAUGCUACAAUCACUACACCAUGCCAAGAAUGGUGUAGACAUUGUGUCUGGGACACCAGUUAAGACUCAUUUUGCUAGACCCAAUUGGCGAAGUGUCUUCAAACAUGUAGCCAUUAACCACCCUAAUCAACGCGUUGGGGUGUUCUAUUGCGGUGCUCCUGGUUUGACUGGGGACUUACGAUGGCUAGCACAAGACUUUUCCCGAAAGACUACAACAAAGUUUGAUUUCCACAAGGAGAAUUUCUAAGCAUUGUCUUGUUGGUCUCUUACCUAUUUGUUUAAAAAAUAUAAUAUUUUUUUGAAUUAUAAAUUAUGUGUAACUUUUUUUUUUUUGAGUAUAGUUCAUCAUUCUUAUAAUUUUUUUCCUUCCUAAAAAUACCACCAAUUUUGAAUGUAUCUCUUUUCGAUCAUACAUAUGAGUUAUAGCAAAAUUAUGAUAUGAUUGCCUUUUUUU